UGCUAUUUUGCUGGUGACGAAACGGCCAUCUUGUAGCGUCAAAUUUUACGGUCAACGGACGAAAGGUGUUUAUGUUAUUUUCAAAUACUCAGAUUCAUUCUUAUCAGAUUAUUGGUUGAUUUUUAGCAACGGAGUGUUGUACUAUAUUGUCAUUAUUGUGCUUUAGAGUCCGGUGUCAUUCAUAUAUACUUGUUCCCAAAAGAAUAACAUAAGGUAAAUGACUGCCUACCCAUAAUUUAUUUAAAAAAUAACUGUAAUAAGUGUAAAGAGUUUUAAUUAUCAAUGAGAAAAGUAAGUAUGAAACGUCGAAGCAAAAACGACAAGAAAAAUGCUAACGAAAAAACUGGGCAAAAAAAUGGUGUAAAUGAGGAAUGUCACGAAAAAGAAGAAACACAAUCUGAUUCGGAUGUAUCUACAGAUUAUGAAACCAGUCUAGAAUUAGAGAAAAAGAAGAAAAAGAAGACGGAAAAGGAUCAGGUAGAACGGUCUGAAAAAAAUAAGAAGAAGAAAUCUGAAGAAGAGCUUAAGGAUGAAAAUGAUGAACCUGCAAGUAAGAAAAAACGAAAAUCUGAGAAACGGAAAAGUGUUUCAUUUUCUAAAAGGCAUGAUGUAUCAGAAUCAGAAACUGAGAAGGAAUCAGAAACAGAAGAGGAAGAUGGCCAAUUUGAGGUUGAAGCAGUACUUGAUGACAAAAAGAUUAAAGGUGUUUUGCAUUAUUUGAUCAGAUGGAAAGGUUAUGGGCCAGAAAGUGAUACAUGGGAGCCCGAAUCAACCUUGCAUUGUGAUGAUUUAAUUGCUGAGUACCGAAGUACUUCUAAAUCAAGUGAUAAAAAAAUGAAACCUUUAAGAAAGGAAAUAAAAACAAAGAGAACCAAGGAUUCUGAAAACAACUGGGAUAAAAAUGAACAGUUUGAGGUUGAAAGAAUAUUAGAGGUUCAUUUUAAAAGAAAUGGUGACAGAGAAUUUCUGGUUUCAUGGAAAGGCUAUCCAGCUUCAGAUAAUUCCUGGGAGCCUGAGGAAAAUCUUCAGUGUCCAGAUCUCAUUGAAAAGUUCAUGUUAAAAGUUGCACAAGCUAAAAAUAUUGACCAAAAAGAACUAAGGGAAUUUAGAAAACCGACUGAAAGGCUUACUUUAAAUAUGCAGGAAACAUCAAGGCGUCUAAGUAGAAGACUUCGUGGCAAGCAAAGGGUUCAUUACCAUGAUGCGGAAUAAUAUCGAGAUUGAAAUGGAUUCAUUUGGUAUUUUAAUUACAGAUAGAUCAUAUUUGUAUUAGUAACAUUAGGUUGUAAUUAUUUUCACUUUAUGUUGUUGUGUCAAUCAUACGUCUAAAAUAGUUGUCUUACAUAAUAUCAUUAUUUUAUAUAAUAUAUUCGUAAAAAUGUGCAUGAAUAAUUAUUACGUUCUAGUUUUAACUAGUUCAUAGUAUGUUUAUUUUAUUCUAUUUAGUAAUAAUUAAAAAUUAAAUUUUCCAUUCAAAAAUUUACUGUUUGUCUUCUAUUUUUAGUAGUUGUUAAGUUGUGCUUAUCCCAACGCUUAAAAAAUACUUUUUUUUUCAUUGGCUUGUGGCCAUACUGUUUAACUAUAGGAGGUUUACAUAAAAUUGUUAAAAUAUGGUACUUUAAGUAUGUUACAUCACUACUUCCCGAAUAAAAAUUACAAUCAUUUGCUGAUAA